GAGGAGUGUAGGCUGUAUACCCAGAAUGCCCUUGGUCAGAUGAGUGCUAAAAAGGAGAGCACCAUCCCCUCCCCCUCCCAUCCUCCUGUCCAGGACUGACACAACCAUGAUCUUCAAACCAGCAGAGUUCACCUCUACAAAACCGGUUGCCUGGUACAGACUGUUUGGCUGCAGGUCCAGCGGCAGCAAUGUCAGGGUCAGGCUAAAUGACUACUUCCUGGUCGGAUCUGGAGAGGAGGUGCCAGCUCAGAAUGGUGACUGUAUCCUGACAGUGUCUGGCCUGGAGCCCAAUGAGAGGUACAUGUUUGCUGUGGCUGCCUACUCCAAGGAUGGCAAGCUGAUUGGUGGAUCCAUCGGGGAACAGACCAAACCCAUCCUGGCCUCUCAUCCUCUUCCCAUCCUGAUGGUCUGGGCUCUGCUGGGACAGGUGUCAUAUCAAGUUGAGUGUUACCCCAUUGCUAAGAAGGCCUGCAAUGUUCUGUGGGAUCACUUUGUGGCACCUGCACCUUCUCCUGAGACAAGCAAAUGGGAGAUGGUGGCCAGGAAAGACUUCAAGCUGACUUUAAAGAAGCUCCACCCUGGUGUAGUGAGAGUGGCCUCCCCUGUGCUGCUGAGACACUUCCUCACCAGUAUCUUCAUCCAUGUGGACAUCAACUCUCGAGAGGGCAGACUGUUCUGUGACACACUGUGUGACAAAGGGCCGCUUACUAAGGGACAGUGCUUCAGGCUGUAUGAGUGUGAGCGCCUGCUGGUGGCCCUGGAGCUGGCAGGCUAUCUGAACGAGGCCGGUCUGGCUCUGCAGGCUGUGGUGCAGUGUUACGGACUCCUCACCCCUCUACUGUUCAACAAGAUACCUUCCCAGCCAGUAGUACAGGUGCUGAUGAGGUGCCAUGCUGUGCUACAGGAGAUCCCAGCAGGUCUGAGACAGAGGAGGCAUGCUACCAUCUCUGACAGCCUGCACCACAUGACUGCCUGUAUAACCUUCUACAUGGGAAAGGUGCUGCGGAUUUGGCAGGAGAGAAAGCUGGCCAGUAAUCUGACUGAUGCAGGGAAGAAGAUCUUGGCUGCCGAUGCUCUAGCAGAGAAGGAUGGGCCAGCAGGUCAGACAGCCUUCUCAUCAACUGAGGUGUCGAUGUACUCUGACUUUAAAGGACUGCAGUCCGUUGUUGUAGAUGUUACCCACAAUGGUGUCUGGGAGUUGGUUCCAGAUCUGAACACCAGUGUGGAUGAAGAAUUCAGGAGUCCCAACGAGGUGGCAGGUGCACUCAUCCAGCACAGUGAGGCAUACUCCAUAACACUGCGUACCUGUGCCUUGUACACUGCAGCUCUUCCACUGGGAGUGAGCUUGUGGGCAACUCGCCUCAUAGCUCCAAGUUUCUGA